AUGUCAAAAUCCAUUCAAGAUCAAUCACUUCUCCAAGUUGGUAAAGACCUAUUGGCCCUUCUCAAAAACAACGCUCCAUUACACGAUGCGAUAAUUACGGUUGGCAGAGGUUCAAUAAAAGCCAAAGAUGGAUCAAAUUUUCGAAAUUUCAAAGCACAUUCGUUAAUACUUCAAGCUCGCUGUGACUAUUUCAAAGCAUAUUUUUCGUCAUAUUGGUCUAAACAUAAGGAUGAAAAUGGAAUUUAUCAGAUUGAUUUGAGUGGGAUGGGAAUCGAUCCUGAAGCAUUUGACCAUGUUCUGAGCUACAUUUACUCUGGAUUCAUUGAGUUCCAUACUCUAAAUCUCCCGUUAAUUUCUUACCUUCACAUCGUUCAAGCGGCAGAUGCAUUGAAUAUAGAACUACUUCUUGACUACACAAAACAAUCUAUUAGCGUUCCAUCUUUGAUUAAAAAUCGUUUCUUGGAAAUUCUCUUAGAAAUUCGUGACAUUCCCGGGUGUAUUGACCUGGCGACAACCUGCCGAGUCUAUCUUUUUCGUAAUCCCAAGGUAAUAUUCACUUGUCCAAUGAUGACCUUGGAGUUUCUAUCGGAACUCCUGCAAGAACCGAUACUAGGAUUAAAUGAAGUAGCUAUAUGGGAUGGGUGUUUGAAUUGGGCGUUCAGAAACAACGAGAGAUUGAAGUCAAGUUGGUCUGAUGAAAAUCCCUCAAGUUUGAGAGAAACAAUGAAGCCGCUAAUGCCGCUGAUAGAUUUUUACAUGAUUUCAAGUGAUAAUUUUAUGAGAAAAGUUAGUAAAUUCAAGGCGCUAUUUGAUGGAGAAACAUAUGACCAACUCUUAAGAUAUCAUUCGAAACAUAUAAACUGGAGACAGUCUGUCCCAUUGAAACCUCUACGCAUUAAUUCAAGGAUCUUGGGAGAACAGGCGAUUUUAUUUCUAGCUAAUUCCAUCAAAUCUAAAUCUUCGUUCCCGAUCCGGUAUACCUCAAUAGAUGAAAUUCCCUAUGAGUUUCACUUUCUUCUUCGAUCACAAGAGAACGAUGGUUUUCACUCGUUAAAACAUAAUCCUAGAUUUCCAAUCCUAAUAUUAAUCCUGUGUGAACAGCGAUAUGUCAAGGGUCGAUUCACUCCAGUUUCAGUUGAUACGAGCGGUGACUUCAAAGAUUUUGACUUUCAAUUUGAAACUACAACAGAAGAUUUCAGCAUCUCGAAUCGACUGACAUCUGAAGUAAAGCAAGCUGACAGGAUCAAUCUAUUGAAUUGGUUGGAGCUGAGCUCUUCUGAGGUUUUGGCAUAUUUGAAACGCAAGUUAUGGAAUCAUUUGCGAAUUGACAUGUUUGAGAUUUUUUCAAUCAUACCCAAAUCCGUAAAGAGGUAA